CGCAACGAGAAAAAUUCAUCUAAAAUGUCUGCGCCCUGUGCUUUCAUGCUGUUGUUACUGAUUUUUGUUGGUGGCUUAGAAAACGACAGGGAGAGAAAAAAGACUGACAGUAUCAUUAAAGCAUGACGAACCCCGAGGAAGCAUGUAAGAGCUACUUGGGAAGUUGGCUAGACUGUAAAUCUUUAGGGAGUCAGUUCCACAGCUAUUAUGUGUAUGGAGAGAGGAGAGACUGCUCUCAACUCAAAGAAGAUUAUGGUCUUUGUCUGAAGAGGGACACAUGUUCAGAGGCCAAAAAAUCUCUGGACCAACGAGAAGCCGAGCUUGCCACGGGAAAUUCUUGUCUGUGGGAAUUGAGAUCAGAGCCUCCCUCAGACUGGCCUAAACCAGGAUCAAAUACUCAUAUGAAGCGCUCUGGAGAACAGAUGCGCAUCACUAGUGCUAGUUAGCAACAACCAUUUAUAGAUGCCUUCAAGAAAUUGCAGUAAAAUAUGCUUGAUACUUUGCUCCUCAGUGUAUAUUGUCCACUAAAACAAGAAUAUAUUACACUUUUUGUUAAAGACCUCCUGAGUUGAUAAAACCAUAGUAAUCAUGUCCUACACUUAACUGCAACAUACCCCACAAUAUAUAGGGUUAGAGGUAAGGCUCAUUUACCCAUUUUAUGCAGGAUUUGUUUUAAGUACAAAUUUUGUAUCUUUCGGUACAAAUUUUGUAUCUUUUGAUACAAAGAUAAGUAAGUAUGCAAAGGACCUUUGUGGCAUGUAACCUAUUUUUUCACCCACGCUUGCCAUUUGUGUAGUACACAAAAACCAACGCAUACUGGUAUGUGAAUGUGCCAUUAAGGUCAAGGUAAGGGUGCCUUCAAAUCAUGUAUUUUAUUCAUGUAUUUUAAGUAAUUAGUAUAAUCAAAACAGGUAGGAUCUUGAUGAAUCUCAUACACUUAUGCAUGUAUUUACAUAAUUCUGAGUGAAACUUGAUACAGUAUAUCUAUGUGUGCAUCAUGUACUCUUCAUAUUGAUAUCCACAUUCCACAUUGUAGGUGUAGUGGAAAUUGGUUUAAACAAGGCCUUUGGGACCAAGGAAAUUACCUUGUUAUAUCAGGGUAAAAAACAAAAGAAUAUAAAGAGCUAGGACCUGCAAGAUCACCUUGUUAUAAGGGAUUCCUUGUUACAUCAGAUCAGAGCUCUUUAUGAUGAGGUUCCACUGUAAGCAUGGUUUAGGGGAUAUUUCGGUUUAAAAAAAUAAGUGUAUAUAUCUUGUUUUUUGUUGAAAUGGCAUUAUCUGUUUCACAGAUUUAUUAAAUUACUGAAGAUGUCCUGAUGGGCAAAAACUUUUGAAGUACAUGGAUGAGGCUUGGUUACAUCAUUAUUUGUUUUGCUCUACAAGUCAUCUCAUCAUUGUCUGGAGUUUAACCAAAACAAAGGCGGAUAGUAAUAGUACAUAAAAGUAUAUUUGUAUUUACUUCAAAAUACGAUAUUGCCUCUGUAAGAUUUCCCUAUAAGGGUUUAAUUAAUGGAUAUGUUCAUUAAUAUUUGCUGUUCCUUCUCUGUAGACAGUUGGUAUGUUUUAGAGAAAAUAAUGGUUUUAUUAAUAUUAUUAUUUUUUUAUUGUUAUUAAUACAUUACAUUAUGUGCAAUAGGGGGAGGGAAGGAGAGGAAAAUGAAGUAAGAGGGUUAGAGAUAGAGAGAGAAAGAGAGACUGAUCUAUAGUAUUACAUUAUGCACUUUUGAUAUCAGAUUGAAGGUGUCUUCAUGGGUUUUAUACUUGCAGUUUAAUUUCAUG